GAGCAUCGAUCGCAGCCGGUUUAGUAGAGAGAACGAGAUUCGCGAGAGUGGAGCAUUUUUUUUAUUAGUUACUGCGUUGAAGACAAACUCGGACGUGCGGAAGCAGAACGAGGAAAAACAUUUCACCAGCUGCCAAAAAUUUGAAAAUCAAUCGCAGGAGUUGGGAAAACUUUCGGUGUUGCAAUAAUUUUCCUCCAGAGGAAGUCCAAGUGAAAAGAAGUCAAAGUGAACGAAUAACAGCAAUAAUCGAACAGAAUCAAACGGGAGGAAGUUGACGAGAUUCGGUACCUUUAGUUCAGAGUGUGUAGGAGCAGAUACAAAACAACACGAGUGACAGAGUGAAGUUUUGUCAAUCGAUUCAUUUGGUGGAACAUUCCAGCAAAGUGUCAAAAGAUGAAAACUUUUGCGACGUGCUUCCUGGUGAUUGGAGCUGUGCUGGCCGCUGCUUACGCGUAUCCAACAAGCAGCGAAAGCAAGAGCGACCCAUCGGACGAUGCGGAGUUCAUCGUAGUACCCCUGGAGCAUCAAAGGCCGUCCUACUAUAAUCGCUACCCAAGCAGCUUCGAUAGCUUCGAUGGUGUGUUGGACACGGAAGAUUUCCCACAUCAGGGACAGAGCCCGGUGUUCUUCCCGUCAGUCAACCCGUUCACGUGGCAAUUCUCGUCUUACCUUGACGAUUUGAUUAAGCGUCUUCGUGAUCGGAUGGCCGGCUCGUGGAAUCCAUUCUAUGGAGGUAGUGACUUUUCCCAUUCGGGACCGGGUGUUUGGCCGAUUGAGAUUCCCGAUGAUGACUCUUCUGAGGAUGCCCAGACCAAUAGCACGUCAACUGUUAAGUUCAUCGAUGGCCACAAAGUAAUUAUCAACGACACCUACUACACCAAGAAGACCGGAUAUGGAACUUCGAUCUACAAGGUCCGCGUUAUCGAUGUCAAGCCAGCUGAGGAAGACAAAACUGAGAAACCUGCCUCCGACGACAAGCCAGUUGACACCGGAAACCGUAAUGGAUCGGACGAUGAUGAAGCUACCAAGAAUGAUGAAGAAGGUGAAACCGACACCAAGGAACCGACAACUGAGGCACCAAAGCGUGACACCGAGCUUGAUUCCAGUGACGAGGAAGCUCCUGCUGUCGAUGAUAGCGUAAAUUCCAUCGAUUCCAACACGAACAUCGACGCAUCUAAGGCAGAGGAACACACUCUAUCUGAGCACGAAUUGGACGAAGAUGACCUUAUGAACGCCGUACUGAAAUCCUUCUAUUCGGAAUCGGACUCUGUGGAACGAAACAUCCUGGCCAACGAUCCCACGAAGGACCGGGAAGACGUCAGUUCGGCUGAACAAACGGAUGAUUACUUUUCUCCGGACGAAUGGAGACAGAACCAGGACGAUCGGAAACGAAUCGUAGUCGGUGUCAAUGGCAUCAACCGUUAUCCCGUUCGCAAUCAGAACCAAUUUGACGAAAAUCCCACAGCACCAACCGGAUCGAUCGAUCUGACAAAUGACAUUGCCAUCAAUGACAUACUAGCCGAUCAGUCGAUUCCUCUGCAUCCGGAUGUGGAGCUAUUUGCACCUAACCGCAGGCGACCUGCUCAACAGGAUCCGAUGCAAUCGUUCCCGAUGUUCCCGGGAUUUCCUCAGCAGCUCCCUGGGGGAAAUCGGUUCCCACAGCAGUUCCCACAACAGUUCCCACAGCAGUUCCCCCAGCAGUUCCCUCAACAGUUUCCCCAGCAGUUUCCACAGCAGUUCCCGCAACAGUUUCCAACACGACCACAGUUCGGUCAGUUUCCGGUGCAAACAUUCCCAAUGUUUCAAACACAACAGCCCAAUCCACUCCCCUUCGGUCAACGACCUCCAGUGCAGCAGAUUCCAGUCCAACGACCCGGUGGAUUUGGUCAGCAGUCACCGGUCCUGGUGAUGACUUUCCCAUCCAAUUUCCCCUCUGCUUUUCGGGAUGUUCAGCCGUGAUUGAAGAAAUAGUUAGGUGACGUUUUAUUUAUUUAUUUAUUUAUUGACUAUUUAUUGAUAAUUUAUUGAGUCACGUUAACCUCUAAGCCACCAAAGAUCAGGGAGAUUCCAAGAAGGAUAAUUGUAUUAAAAUACUCGCUAGAGUAUUCAACUUUGUUAGUACAUUUUGAAUUGCAAC